UUUCCGCCGCCAUCCUGGUUGCGUGUGGUUGACUGUGAUCGCCAUGUCUUCUCACAAGACUUUCAGAAUCAAGCGAUUCCUGGCCAAGAAACAAAAGCAGAAUCGUCCUAUUCCCCAGUGGAUUCGGAUGAAAACUGGUAAUAAAAUCAGGUACAAUUCCAAGAGGAGACACUGGAGAAGAACCAAACUGGGUCUGUGAGGAAGCAUCGCACAUGAUGAAAUAGCAAACAUAAUUGGCACACAUAUUUAAGCCACAUGGAGAUCACAUAUUCCUAUCUUAUCAAUAUGGAAACAUCCUUCCUACCUGGCCAAUAGACAUGUCUUAUCAAGAGAAUGAUUUUCUCUGUUACUAUGCCUCUAUACCAGUAGGUUGGUUCAGUAAUAAAUGUGAGACCUUUCA